ACAAACAAAAAUUGCGAUAAAUUUGGCGGUAUUCAUGUUCAAACCCACCUUAAAAUAAACAUCUCUUCCCCUAAAAAUACCUUCCACCCCAUCUAUAUAUCAUUCCAUCCAUGCAAAAAGAAGCAUUAGCCCAGAAAGAAGAAUAGGGAGAACAAUGGCCAACAAGUUGGUUGCAAUUUUCCUCUCGUGCCUUGUGGUUGCGGCAGCUAUGUACGUGCCGGCAGCGGCGCAAGCAGCUGGUACUAGCGAUGACGACUUCAGGUCUUGCUUCAACAACUGCCACAGUGGAUGUACCACCGGAGGCAGCGGCAACACCUUCUGUGAGAUGAAGUGCGACGCCGACUGUGUGGCUAAGGAGGCUGCCGCCAAGCUCAACCUUUUACGUCCAUGAUUGCAUUGAAAGAGAAGGAAAGACAAAAAUAUUGAUGCAAUAAAUGUAUGGGAAGGGGUUUUUUAUGCUUUUGAUUUGCUUUAUAUAACUAAUUAAAUUGAACCUAUAAAAAGUUCAUGGUCUUAUUUUACUUUAAUUUUUCCUUCUUUGUAAGCAGCUGUAAUUCUUUCCUUCUACAAUAAAGUUGAAUUGUUAUU